GAUGGUGAUCUUCGAGAACUGUAGUCACUCCUCGAUGAUCCCCUCCUUCCUAUACUCCUCUUCGCUGUCCAAUGAAGAAAUGUCAAAGAAUAGCAUCAUGGUUGCUGCUCCAAGUGAGAAGAUAAAGAUGUAUUAGCCCGCAUUCUAUGCAGCUAGUACUGCUGGUGGGAUGCUUAGCUGUGGUCUUACUCAUACCGCUGUUACUCCUCUUGAUCUUGUCAAGUGUAAUAUGCAGAUUGAUCCAGGAAAGUAUAAGAGCAUAAACUCUGGUUUCGGAAUUUUAAUGAGAGAGCAAGGGAUUAAGGGGUUGUUUAAGGGUUGGGCACCAACUUUUCUUGGUUACAGUGCUCAAGGAGCUUUCAAGUACUGCGGCUAUGAGUUCUUCAAGAAGUAUUAUUCAGAUAUCGCGGGUCCUGAGUACGCAACCAAAUACAAAACUCUGAUUAUCUUGGCUGGCUCUGCAUCUGCUGAGGUGAUUGCUGAUGUUGCACUUUGCCCUUUCGAGGCUGUGAAAGUUCGUGUGCAAACUCAGCCCGGGUUUGCACAAGGCCUUUCUGAUGGCCUGCCUAACUUUGUCAAAUCUGAAGGUGUUAUGGGGUAUGCAUUGUUUCUCACUUACCACAGUUGGUCUUUCCUUUUUUCAUCAACAAUUAUGAUAAUUUCUAGCUACAACUUCUUAUAUAUAUACAAGAUUGAACUUCUUUCUUACAGAUUGUUCAAAGGACAAGUUCCUCUAUGGGGCCGUCAGAUUCCUUAUACAAUGAUGAAGUUUGCAUCAUUUGAGACCAUUGUAGAGCUCAUGUACAAGCAUGCCAUUCCGACACCUAAAGACGAGUGUAGCAAGACAAUGCAGCUUGGUGUUAGCUUUGCUGGUGGAUAUAUUGCAGGAAUAUUUUGUGCAGUUGUAUCACAUACUGCAGACAACUUAGUUUCCUUCCUCAACAAUGCCAAGGGUGCAUCUGUUGCUGAUGCUGUUAAGAAGUUAGGACUAAUGGGUUUAUUUACGCGUGGUCUUCCCCUUCGUAUAGUCAUGAUUGGAACUCUUACUGGUGCUCAAUGGGGUAUCUAUGAUGCUUUCAAAGUGUCUGUUGGCCUGUAAGUUACACAUUUGAUCUCU